AUGUCUGAUGAUGAAGCCGACCCUGAACUUCUCGAUCUGCUCCGCCAGCAUCUACAGGGUGAACUGGACCUCCGAGAAGAGGCAGACACAGGUGUUCUAGACGGCGCCAAGUAUGUUUAUGACCAAGGCAUUGAUAUGGCCAUUGAUAUGCGGGCUACCAAGAAUGCUGCCAAAACGAUAUAUGCCCAGAUGCAGAAGAACCAUUAUUCAGCUGCCACUUGGUCAGAGCACGAGCUUCAUCCCAAGGCGAAAGACAAGACCACCGUGGCCUUCAUUUUUACCAUGGAUCUGCUGAAUUUCUCCUUUUGGUCCGAGUUGCCGGAUGACGAGAGGUUUGCUAUCGAGUACAGGGGGAGGCGGUGGACUGGAUAUUGGAGCCUCGUCGCGGCUCUGCAGAGGGCUUUGGACGAGACCGCAGCCGAUGGCUCAGCAGCCCAACUCGUCAACCUCCUCGCCGGGGACUUUUCAUGUUUCCGUGACGAACACUACUUCGAGGGCAGAAGCAAACCCGUGCGUUUCCUGAAGCGGGCUCAGAUUCUAGUUGCAGAUAUAUGGGCCUGCUUUGAGGGCCAGUCGUAUGGCAGCUUUUGGGACAUUGACAAAAUUACCAUGUUUGCCGACUACCGCAUACCCCAGAUUCUGAUCACUCUAGGCGCAUUGUGCUGCAGUCCGCCCGUUACGGCGGCCAUCAAGGACAAGAAGAUGUUUAAAAGCGGAGAUUGCUGGGAGGUUCAAUUAAGAGGUGAGUUUGCAAUUUUAAUCCUAGAAGGGUGCGUGUUUGCGUGCUAA